GCGAGUAAGUCCGCGCGUGCGCAUCGCGCGCGGUUAGUGGCGUCGCGGUCUCCUGUGGGUAUUCCUGCAAAAUGGGUUCCGUGGCCUAGUGCUCCACGCAUUACCACCCGUGAUAGUGCGCCGAGGUCCGCGAAGAAGGGUUGCCGCCGAGCCGGUCCGGGCUGGUUAGAACCGCUCGGAAGCCCGGCGGCUGACAGGGCCGGGAGGACACGGAGCCCACUCCGCUGUGCGGUGACCAGGCCCACAUUUUGCUCAGGUCUCCACAGCGCGCGGGUCCUGAAGGAUGGCAGCCAUCCCUUCUAGCGGCUCGCUCGUGGCUACCCAUGACUACUACCGGCGACGCCUGGGCUCCUCGUCCAGCAGCAGCUCCUGCGGAAGUGCAGAGUACCCCGGGGACACCGUGCCCCACCCCCCGGGUCUCCCCAAGGCCGACCCUGGCCACUGGUGGGCCAGCUUCUAUUUUGGGAAGUCCACCCUCCCAUUCAUGACCACAGUGUUGGAGUCUCCUGAGCACCCGGCAGAAUACCCCCAGGCCUCCAAAAGCCCGAUCACCCGUGGCCUGGCUCCUGAAACCAUGAAGCAGCAGCCAGUCGUCCAUCCUGGCCAGGCCAACACGAAGGCCCCGUCCUGAUCUAGCAGAACCACAGCAAACCCAACUUCAGUGGUGCUAGGCCAGAGCCCCACCCAUCCACCCCACCCUGUAAACUAGGAAGGUUGUGCAAGCAACAGACACCAGCAGAAGCUAGUGAAAGCACCCCUGUUGGUACACAGUACUGAGCUUUCCUGAUCCCGAAACUGUGCCUUGCACCAAGCAGAAAAUAAACUCCCAGCAGCCAUGCCCCCGC